UCAUCUAUCGCAUUUCUCUUUUGGGAAAGAAUUGUUUGAUUCACCAAACCAACAGAUGAACGACUCACAAGUUCGACAGCAAGUUCAGCAGAUGGUGUCUUUUAUUAGACAAGAAGCUGAAGAAAAGGCAAACGAAAUACGUGUCAAGGCAGAAGAAGAAUUCAACGCCCGAAAACUGAGUGCAGUGGAAGCUGCAAAAACACAAAUCCGUUCCGAAUACGAGAAGAAGUUCAAGCAAAUCGAAUCUAAACUAAAAGUUGCCUAUUCUACUCAGUUGAACGCCUCCAGACUAGAAAUAUUGAAACAGAGGGAAGACAUCUUGAGGGAAAUAUAUGAAGGUGUUGAGAGAGAACUCUCAAAGGCUAGGGGGGACAAAGAAAGUUAUAAAAAACUACUUGAAAAACUUCUCAAGCAGUCUUUUCUUACCCUGGACGACGCAGAUGUAUCCAUAACCAGUAACGAAGAAGACUUGAGUUUGGUGGAGAGUGCAACCAAAAAAGCUCUUGAAGGUGGUUUAAAGACAAGUGGCGGUCAACAAGUGAAAGCAGAGAUAGAUAGAGAAAGCUUUCUUCCUAAAACCAGCAUAGGGGGAGUCAUCGUUUCCAGUCACGGAGGGAAGAUAGUUUGUAAUAAUACUCUCGAAGCAAGAUUAGAAACAGCUUAUCAACAGAAUCUUCCACAGCUCCGUGACUUGCUCUUCGGUGACAGCGAAUUGUGGAAAUAAUCUAUAUUUUAGCGUUUUCCCAAGUUUAUCUUCCAAAUACAGACUUUUCCGUCUUCUCCAACACUUGUGAUAGUUUGACUGGCAGUGUUCCAUACAAAGUCGCGUACCACAUCCUGAUGUCCUUUGUUUAGGGAUACAAAAGGUACU